AUGGGUUCUACGCUUAAGGUGUUCCACGCCUUGUCCAUUCUUUCCGUUAUUGUCCCGAGCGUCAACGCUGUCCCAGCUGGGGCCAAACUCGAGCUCAAGGCCUUCAAGAACGUCGACAAACUUGUAUACAAGCGACAGGAUCUUGGCGGUCUCAUCGACACCUGCAAUCUCUGCCCGGUCAUCCGAAGGUUGGCAAACUACAUCCCCGAAGAUGUCCAAAACACGGCGAACGAUGUCAAUGACCAAGUGAGGAACCUGAUCGCUGCCGUUGGACCUCAGCUCCCUGGUGGAAUCCCUGCUCUGGACGAGCUUCUCAGUAACCCCGUCGACGCAAUCGCUUCCGUGCUACCUACUGCUCUUCCAGUUGUGUCCAACAUCGUCGACGCCCUUCCCAUUCCCACAGACUUACUCAGUGGAUUGCCUCUCCCUACAGAUUUGCCAACAAAUAUCUUGACUUCUGUGGCCCUGCCGACCGAGGUGCUAGACAACUUGCCGGUUAUUGGCAACUUCGACCUUCUUCCGUCUGGUGUCUUAGAUGCACUUCCGACUGAUAUCCUCACUGCACUUCCAACCGAUGUUCUUGACGUCCUGAGCGCAUUGCCGACUGACAUCCUAAGCGCGCUCCCAACAGACGUCCUGGACGCUUUGAGUGCACUCCCAACCGGCGUCCCAGAUGUGGUUCCUACCGACAUUCUUGAUGUCCUGAGCGCACUUCCAACUGACGUCCUGGAGGCGGUUCCAAGCGACGUCCUUAGCGCACUGACUGCCCUUCCAACUGAUAUCUUGGCGAUUCCAACUGAGGUUCCAACCGCACUUCCAACAAACAUCUUCGACGCACUCCCAACAGAGAUUCUUGAUGAGAUUCUGAGCGCAGUUCCAACAGAAAUUCUUGACGUGCUUCCAUCUGGCAUCCUUCCAGCUGACGUUCUUGAUGCGCUUCCAACAGAUAUUCUUGAUGAUGUUCUGAGCGCAGUGCCAACGGAGGUUCUUGACGCUCUGACUGCGCUCCCAACAGACGUUGUGCUUCCCACAGAUAUUCUGAGCGCACUUCCAACAGAUAUUCUGAGCGCACUUCCAACAGACGUUCUUGAAGCGCUUCCAACUGGACUUCUUCCUACAGACGUUGUCUUACCGACUGACAUUGCACUUCCAACAGGUGUUCUUGAUGACAUCCUUAGCGCGAUCCCAACAGAGAUUCUCGAGACCCUCCCGACUGGCCUCUCUCCGAAUGAGAUUAUUGACGCGCUUCCCACAAACGUCAUUGAUGACAUCCUAAGUGCUCUUCCGACAGAUGUCCUGGACGCUAUUCCCACCGAUAUCUCGGAAAUCAUCCCCACCAACAUUGUGCCCACUGAUAUCUUGGACAUCCUUCCAACUGAUAUCCUUAGCGCCUUGCCAACUGAUAUCCUGAGCGCCUUGCCAACUGAUAUCCUGAGCGCCUUGCCAACCGACAUUCUGGACGCUAUCCCAACCGAGAUUGUGAAUGCUCUUCCCACCGACGUCCUGGACGCUCUGAGCGCUCUCCCUAUCCCGACCGAUGCCGUGCCAACUAACGUCUUGGACGCUAUUCCAACUGAGAUUGCUGAUGUUCUUCCAACCGAUAUCCUGGGCGCUCUGAGCGCUCUACCCAUUCCGACUGAUAUCUCAGCGACCGAGAUCUUGGAUGCCAUCCCAUCUGAUAUCGUGAAUGCUCUUCCGACCGACAUCGUCGAUGCUCUGACCGCGCUCCCUAUUCCGACUGAUAUCGUGCCGACUGAUGUCUUGGAUGCUAUCCCAACCGAGAUUGUAAACGUUCUUCCGACUGACGUCGUGGAAGCUCUGAGCGGUCUCUCUCUUCCCACCGGUAUCGUUCCAACCGAUGUUGUGAACGCUCUGCCAACUGAUAUCCUGGGUGGUGUGGCAAGUGGUGUCCCGAGCGGCCUGCCAACUGACGUCCUGGGCGGUCUGCCGAGCGUACUUCCUGUCCUGAGCGCUCUUCCGACCGGUGUCGUAGAUGUUCUUCCCACUGCAGUCCUCAGCGCACUUCCUGUACCGACAGAUGUGCUCAGCAACCUGCCAGUUGUCGGUAGCGUUGUUCCGACUGGCAUUCUUGGUAGUGUCGCGAGCGCAGUGCCCUCGAACAUUCUUGGAGGUCUUGGAAGUCUUACCAGCGCCCUUCCUGCCGUGCCCGCGGUGCCCUCGAACAUCCUUGGAGGCCUUGGAGGUCUUACCAGCGCCCUUCCCGCCGUACCCGCAAUUACACCUCCUGUCACAACACCGAGGGUCCCCAGAAUCAUUCAAAGCGGUACGGUUGUGGACAAGGCCUAUAACUGGUCCUUCUAUAAUAACGGUGCCGUCCAGGUCGAAAAGAAUUUCCUUUUCCCUAGACAGGGCGUCCUCUCCGGACUCCUUCCCGAUAAGACAUUCUCAGGACUGUUCGCGGAUGGUCUGCACAUUGGAAGCAACAUUGUUCCUUACCCAGCGGGCUACUUGCCCCUUCUUACCGGGGUCAACCUUCCUCUUGCUCCCCCAAGCUUGUUGGAUCUUGUCCCUGAUGAUGAUAAGAAAAGAUAA